UGAGGGGAGAGAGAGAGAGGGAGAGAGAGAGAACUACAGGUCGCCUCGUUAGUUGGUUCCUGAAGGUAGUUGUGAAGGGCAUUCGAGUCAUAGCUUGGGAGUUCCAGAUUUCUCUCACUGGAGGGACGCUACACAUUUAUGCGCCCACUCUGCCUCUUGGUGUGGCUAACUAAACCUCUGACCAACGGUAAUCCCUGGCUGACCCGUUGACCUGCAGCAGGCCUAGCAAGCGUGCGUGUGUGUGGGUGUGUGUGUGUGUGGCCGGCAGGAUGGCAGAAGCACAUCAGGCUGUGGGGUUCCAGUUCACGGUCACCCCUGACGGCAUUGACCUACACCUGAGCAGGGAGGUGCUAAAGCACAUCUACCUGUCUGGGGUCACCUCCUGGAGGAAGAGGGCCAUCAGGUUCAAGAAUGGCGUCCUGACGGGUGUGUAUCCAGCCAGUCCGUCCAGCUGGUUGAUCAUGGUCAUCGGCGUCAUGAGCACCAUGUACGCCCGGGUGGACCCAUCACUGGGCAUGAUCGACAGGAUUAAAAACACCUUACCUGUCGGUGAGUACCUGACAGUGCAGACUCAGACGGUGCUGAGUGCCGUGGUGUUUGCCACAGGGCUGUGGCUGGCCCUCAUCAUGCUGCUGCGCUACACACUCAAGCUGCUGCUCUCCUACCACUGCUGGAUCUUCGAGUGCCACGGCAGGAAGAGCUUCUCCACCAGAGUCUGGCUGAACCUGGUGAAGAUAUUCUCGGGUCGGAGGCCUCUACUCUAUAGUUUCCAGGCUUCUCUUCCCAGACUGCCAGUACCCAGCGUGGAUGAUACCAUCAGCAGGUAUUUGGAGUCAGUGCGCCCUCUGCUGGAUGAUGAUCAGUACAAUCAGAUGGAGGUUGUGGCCAACGAGUUUAAAAAGGACCCUGCACCCAAACUCCAGAAAUACCUCAAGCUCAAGUCCUGGUGGGCCAGCAACUAUGUGAGCGACUGGUGGGAGGAGUUUAUCUACCUGAAGGGGCGGGGUCCCAUCAUGGUCAACAGUAACUUCUAUGUGAUGGAUCUUAUGUAUGUGACCCCCACCCACAGACAGGCAGCUCGGGCAGGUAACGUGGUCCACGCCAUGCUGCAGUACCGACGCAAGCUAGAGCGCGGAGAACACGCCCCACUAAGGGCCCUUGGUGUAGUCCCUAUGUGCUCUUUUCAGUAUGAGAGAAUGUUCAACACCACCCGCAUCCCUGGCAUUGACACAGAUUUCGUGCAGCACCUGUCGGACCGUAAGCACGUGGUGGUGUACCACCGCGGGCGCUUCUAUAAGGUGUGGCUCUACUUCGGGGGGCGCCAUCUGUGGCCGUCUGAGCUGGAGCUGCAGUUCCAGAGGAUCCUCAAUGACCCCUCACCCCCGCAACCAGGAGAGGUCAAACUAGCCGCCCUCACAGCCGGGAACAGAGUUCCCUGGGCUCGUGCGCGUCUGAAGUACUUCAGUGAGGGAGUGAACAAGGCGUCCCUGGAGGCCAUCGAGACGGCGGCGUUCUUCCUCACGCUUGACGAUGAGGCCCACGGAUACGACCCGGAGAAGCUGAAGUCACUGGACCUGUACGCCAAGUCCCUACUGCACGGGAAAUGCUACGACAGGUGGUUUGAUAAGUCCUUCUCCCUGAUUGCCUAUAAGAACGGUAAAAUGGGUGUUAAUGUGGAGCAUUCAUGGGCCGACGCUCCUAUAGUGGGACACAUGUGGGAGUACGUGUUGGCCACUGACUGCUUCCAGCUGGGCUACACAGAGGAGGGCCACUGCAAGGGGGACGUCAGUAAGGGUCUGGCCCCGCCCACCAAACUCCAGUGGGACAUUCCAGUGGCAUGUCAGGAGAUCAUUGAGGGCUCAUACCUCCUGGCGAAGGAGAUCGCUGAUGACGUGGACUUCCAUGGCUAUGUGUUUGAUGAGUUUGGCAAAGGCCUGAUCAAGACGUGCAGGACCAGUCCUGAUGCCUUUAUCCAGAUGGCUCUGCAACUAGCGCACUACAGGGAUAAGGGCGAAUUCUGUCUGACCUACGAGUCGUCCAUGACACGGAUGUUCCGUGAGGGUAGGACAGAAACGGUUCGCUCCUGCACCUCUGAGUCCACAGCCUUUGUCAAAGCCAUGGAGAACCUCAAGGAAAAGAAGGAGGAGCGUUUGGCUCUGUUCCGGAAAGCGUCGGAAAAGCACCAGCACAUGUACCGGUUGGCAAUGACCGGUGGGGGCAUCGACCGGCACCUCUUCUGCCUCUACAUCGUCUCUAAGCUGCUGGGCAUCGACUCACCUUUCCUCAAGCAGGUGCUGUCGGAGCCUUGGCGCCUCUCCACCAGCCAGACCCCCCAGCAGCAGAUCAACCUGGUGGACCUGCAGAAGCACCCCAAAUACGUGGGCCUGGGAGGGGGCUUCGGCCCAGUAGCGGAUGAUGGUUAUGGUGUAUCUUAUAUUAUCAUUGGGGAAAAUCUCAUCACAUUCCACAUCUCCAGCAAAUUCUCCAGCCCAGAGACGGACUCCUACCGGUUUGGCCAGAACAUCCGCCAGGCCAUGCUGGACAUCCGAGCGCUCUUUGAACAGAAGAACGACAAGAAGAAGGAGAAGGAGGAAAAAAAUCACCUGUAGCCUUGACCACUGCACAUCUCACGAGACACACCCCACGAGACACACUUCACGAGACACACCCCACGAGACACACCCCAUGACACACACCUCACGAGACACACCCCAUGAGACACACUUCACGAGACACACCUCACGAGACAUACCCCAUGAGACACACCCCAUGAGACACACUUCACGAGACACACCUCACGAGACAUACCCCAUGAGACACACUUCACGAGACACACCUCACGAGACACACCUCACGAAACACACCCCACGAAACACACCCCAUGACACACAGCUCACAAAACACACCCCAUGACACACCCCAUGACACACACCUCAUGAGACACACCUCAUGAGACACACCCCACGAGACACACUUCACGAGACACACUCCACGAGACACACCCCAUGACACAUACCUCACGAGACACACCCCAGGAGACACACUUCAUGAGACACACCUCACGAGACAUACCCCAUGAGACACACUUCACGAGACACACCUCAUGAGACAUACCCCAUGAGACACACUUCACGAGACACACCUCACGAAACACACCCCAUGACACACACCUCACGAGACACACCUCAUGAGACAUACCACAGCUGCUUACACAAUCACUCUUAAAACCGGACAAGAGA